UAGAGUAAAUGUGUUUAUAUGCACUUUUUAUGUGUUUAUAGGCACUUUUAAUGUGUUGAUUGGAGAUAUGGGAAAGUUGAUGUUUCUGCUUUUCUUGUCUGUGUUUGAGUGAUUUAUGGUUUUGAAAACCAUUUACACAAGUUGCCUAAUUCAUGAUCUUGAAGGAAUUAUUGAGUUUGUGGUUUAAUAGUAUCAGAUAGGUUUGUAUGGUGAUCAAGAAAAAUAAAAAAAGAGAGGACUUUUAUGGUCUUUUGUGUAACUUGUUAUUCUGAUUCAGGGUUUUAGCUGAUGGUUUAUUUUGUUGUAUGAAAGAGUUUAAUUUUUUGAAUUUCUUGGUUCCCGUUUCAGCAAAUUGAGCUCACAAAGAGAAAACGAUAGCACUGAAUACAAUUGGCUCGUUCCGCCGUGGAUGAGAUGUCAGCAACUGGUCCUUCCGAGAGAACUGCUUCAACCUUCCGUAAUUUCAUCUCAAAAGACCCCGGUUCCCGUUUUCCAGUGGAAUCUGGGAGGUACCACCUCUAUAUAUCAUAUGGUUGCCCAUGGGCAUCAAGGUGCCUUGCCUACUUGAAGAUUAAAGGCCUUGACCAAGCCAUUAGUUUCACAUCUGUUAAAUCUAAGUGGGAGAGGACGAAGGACAGUGACGAGCACAUGGGAUGGGUUUUUGCUUCAUCAAGCACCGAGGAGCUAGGAGCUGAUCCUGAUCCUGUUAAUGGAGCCAAAAGCAUAAGGGAGCUUUAUGAGCUUGCAAGUACAAACUAUUCCGGAAAAUACACAGUUCCGGUUCUUUGGGAUAAGAAACUGAAGACAGUUGUGAACAACGAGAGUGCAGAAAUAAUACGCAUGUUUAAUAGUGAAUUCAAUGACAUAGCUGGAAAUGCAGAUUUGGACCUUUAUCCUCCUCAUUUGCAAUCACAAAUCGAUGAAGUAAAUGAGUGGAUUAAUGAUGGAAUAAACAACGGAGUAUAUCGAUGUGGUUUUGCAAAGAAGCAAGAGACUUAUGAUGAGGCAGUGCAAAAAGUGUAUGAAGCUUUGGACAAAUGUGAGGAGAUACUGAGCAAGCAGAGAUACUUAUGUGGAGAUCAAGUGACUGAAGCAGAUAUUCGCUUGUUUGUCACCCUGAUUAGGUUUGACGAGGUGUAUGCUGUCUACUUCAAGUGCAACAAGAAGUUACUUCGUGAAUAUCCAAGUCUGUUUAAUUAUACCAAAGACGUUUUCCAAAUACCUGGCAUGAGCAGUACUGUCAACAUGGAACACAUCAAAAAGUUUUACUACAGAAGCCAUCCGACCGUCAAUCCUUCUGGGAUUAUUCCUCAGGGUCCAAAUAUCGACUAUUCCUCUCCACAUGAUCGAGAGAAGUUCUCUAAGUAGGAAUGGUCCAUAAUCUUGGCAGGCAUUUUUGAAGUUAACUCAUCUUGCUCCCCUGUUAAGAAGUAUGUGGAGUUGCUACUACUGGUACUGCCUCAAUCUUCGGAUUUUUUAAUAAGAGAUGUAGUUUUGCUAGUUCUUUUGUAAAGCGACGAGCUAAAAAAGAGCUGCUGCUACAUUUACUGUUUGUUCAUCCUAGAAGUGUGUUUCUGUGGAGCUUUUGCAUUUCUAUUUCUAUUUGUUUUCUUUUGCCUA